ACUUCGACGCUGGCAGAAGUCGUGAUCGGAUGACGAACUCUUCGCUCUCCUCUUCAACUGGCUGUGGACGAAUAAGCUGUACUACCGCAGAACAAAUUCAGCAACAUGGCUUACCGGUGUCGAUACGUAAAUUGGUCAGGAGAGAGCUGCGACUGGAGGGGCCAGGAAUUAAAGGAACUUAAACAACAUGUCGCCCAAGUACACAAAGGAUUUGUCGAUCGUGAUUCCACCACAAGGAAGCCCACCAGACCAGUGAACCCGGGGUCACACCAUCAGCGAUACAAUCCACCUAGCCCACCUAGGGGACGCCGCCGCUCUCGAAGUCCACAGAAACAACAGCGGGAAUUUAGUCGCAGAACCCCAAGCAGCCCCAGGGGUCGUUCAGGCAGACCAAGUUCACCUCAACGUACCAGCCCUUCUGACACAUCUCCCAAAUCAAGAUCCAUUCGACAGAGGAACCGUCCGAUUGAUGCGGCCUGUCAGACCAACAAGAAACGUGUGAGUGAUAAAGCCAUCCAGGUAGAGGAGCCCAAUCAGUCAGAAGAAGACGAGCUCUUUAAUACCGCCAGAAAUCUCCGUCAUGCUGAACGUGGGUGCAAGUCUAUCCACAAAACCAAGCACAUCAUUCCACCAGGCGUAAAGAUCACGUAUCAUCACGAGACCCUUCACUUGCCAGAUGGUACUGUAUAUACACGCAUCACCAAGGAAGAAAAACGAAAGGACAUUGAGAAGAAGGAUGACUAAGAAGCCUAAAAAUGGAAGUUGGACUGAUAGAGAAAACAAACAAAGACAUACAAACUCUUGUUAAAACUUACAUUUCAGAGGGAAGCCACCUCGUUUUGUCACAGAUUUGCUGUUCUUUUAUAUAUGUGUUUUCGUAUUUUUAUAUCGUAGUGUAAGCCAUUUAUUUGUUUUGUAAAACACCACACAAUUACCUUUUGGGAAAAAAAAAAUACAUCAAGGAGUUGUCCGAAAUGUACAAAUAUUUGUGAAAUCGAUGUUGCAUAGAAGUAUUCGCUGUAAUGGUAAUACUCAGAGUUAGUGUCCAUCGAAUAAACAAGUUUUAUACAGUUGAUGAUGAUGAAGAGAAUGAUGAUUAUGUUACCAAAAGGAGCUUUACAGAUGUUAUGAAAGACGUAGAAGAUUGAUUGUAGUACCCAUAAGGAGUGUAUAUGAAGAGGACAUAACUUUUAAUAUGAUCAAUACAGCGAUACAUAAUUCAGUAAAUUUUGGUUGCUUGUUAAAUCGUUAAACUUGAUUCCUCUUUUAAUGUGAGGAUAAAACAUAAUGUGAGGACACAUUCCUUGAAGAGGGGGGCUGUGUAGCGAACCCGUUCGCUACGGAUUUUCUGUUACCUUGCUUUAAACGUAGAGGGCGCGCUUUUGGUUGCGCGAGAGCUCGGCGGACGCAACGCACUGCGUAAUGCAGCUCUCGCAGACUUUGAUAUAGCGGAGGAUCGCGGGGAUUUCGUCACUUCGACGCUGGCAGAAGUCGUGAUCGGAUGACGAACUCUUCGCUCUCCUCUUCAACUGGCUGUGGACGAAUAAGCUGUACUACCGCAGAACAAAUUCAGGUAAUUGUUGUUGGCGUUAAUUGUGAUAGUAUGUACAAAUGUUGAACGAUGAUGUAUAAGUAAAUUAUGACCGUUGUCAUACACCAAAUGUAUUCAUCGUCUCCAACCUGUGUGAUCUAUGGAAUCCCAUUGACCACUACAGUAUAAGCCUUCCCAUAGAGAUUAUACAGCCCCAAUAGAAAUCCCCUGUUAUUCUAUAUUUCACCUGUUCACACUACCCCUCAACACUCCACCCCCAUAUAUUUUGGGAAAACGGAACACGCCCGGGUCUCUACAUUACGCCAUAUAUACAGAUAUAAGGAAACCGCUCGCAUUAAGAAUGGCUAGUAAUUCAUCAACGGAUGAAGGUGAUAGAGGCAAGGGACAGGCCGGCCCCCCAGCAUCCAGAACCCGUUCCAAGAAGGAGGGCCGCCACAAUAU